AUGCAAACAAUAGCCAUUUCAGGUGUUACGCCCGAGAGUUUACUUUUAAUUGGUAACCGAUUACCUAAAAGAUUAAUGGUGGAAAACGCUUGCUUUGUGGAAUUGAAAGAAAGCUUCAACUAUGGGUUGUUCUGUCCACCGGUCAAUGGCAAGGCCGGCAAGUUUCUGGACGAAGAGCGUCGCCUCGGAGACUACCCUUUUAAUGGACCCGUUGGAUAUCUUGAGUUAAAGUACAAACGGCGAGUUUAUAAAAUGUUGAAGCUGGACGAAAAGACUUUGAAAGCGCUGCACUCGCGGGCUAAUUUGCGACGAUUCCUCGAGCACGUGACACACGGACAGAUAGAUAAAAUUACCAAGGCCUGCGCUAAAGGAUUGGAUCCAAACUUUCAUUGUCAAGACACUGGCGAAACCCCACUAACAAUCGCAGCCGGCCUAAAAUCACCUGGUAAAAUAUUGAUUGCCCUUGUAAACGGCGGAGCAUUACUCGAUUAUCGGACUAAGGAUGGCAGUACAGCGAUGCAUAGAGCGGUCGAAAAGAAUUCUUUAGAAGCUGUGAAAACGUUAUUAGAACUCGGCGCGUCUCCAAACUAUAAAGAUGGCAAAGGAUUAACACCAUUAUAUCUCUCCGUGACAAACAAAACAGACCCCUUGUUGUGUGAAACACUGUUGCAUGAUCAUGCGACUAUCGGAGCUACCGAUUUGCAGGGAUGGCAGGAAGUACAUCAGGCAUGUCGCAACGGGCUAGUCCAACAUCUGGACCACCUACUAUUCUAUGGUGCGGACAUGAACAGCCGCAAUGCGUCGGGCAACACGCCUCUGCACGUAUGCGCUGUCAACGCACAGGACUCAUGCGCAAGACAGCUUCUCUUUAGGGGCUGUGAUAAGGAGUCAUUGAACUUUGCUAAUCAAACACCGUAUCAGGUCGCAGUUAUAGCUGGCAAUUUAGAAUUGGCUGAAGUGAUAAAGAACUACAAAUCGGAAGAAGUUGUGCCGUUUCGGGGUCCGCCGCGGUACAAUCCGAAGCGGAGGUCGGGGGCGUGGGGCGGCUGGUGGACGGCGGGCGACCGCUCCUCCCUGGCCUCCUCCACCCGCAUCCCCGCCGACCUGGACGCCAUCUUGCGGAGACCACAGCUCUCCACCAACUCUCCGUGCAGUCUGGAGAGACCUUUCUCCUCCGCCUCGUCGAGCAUCAGCGACGCGAGCCACCCCAGCCACGAGGACGACGCCAGCAUCCUAACAGAUAAAAGCGCGGGCGACACCAGCGAUAUAAUCUCUGACUCGAGCGGCGUGGGCACGUCCACGUCGGACACUACGUGCUCGCUGCAGCCGGCCGCGGCCGUGUGCCUGCAGCCCUACGAGCCCGCCGCGCCCGGCCACCUGCGCCUCGCUCAGGGUGACAUCAUCGAAGUGACGGGCGCGACGGACGACGGGCUGCUGGAGGGCUCGCUGCGCGGCGCCAGCGGGCUGUUCCCCGCGCACUGCGUGCAGGAGGUGCGGCUGCGGCAAAACGCACAUUUGCAUCAGGUACUAUCAUCAGGACCUAUCCACCACUCGAGGGUGACCGGUCGGCGAGAAAUGGCUCUCAGCAAAACUUAUAGCGCAACUGCGCCUAGGAUAAAGAAGACGUACGGCAACAUGGAGACGCGCUGCGUGGUGCUGCACCGCGCGCGGCGCGGGUUCGGGUUCGUGCUGCGCGGCGCCAAGGCGUCGUCGCCGCUGAUGGAGCUGCGGCCCAGCGAGCGCUGCCCGGCGCUGCAGUACCUGGACGACGUGGACGCGGGCGGCGUGGCCGACCGCGCCGGCCUGCGCAAGGGGGACUUCUUAGUCGCUAUCAACGGCGAGGACGUGUCGGCGGCGUCGCACGAGCACGUGGUGGAGCUCAUCCGCAGCUCCGGCGCGCUCGUCUCCAUGACCGUCGUGUCUUUGAAUAACCAUGCGCUGGCGGAGAGCGCGUGCAGCGUGCCGGCCAGCAAGUCGCACUCGCAGCUGUCGAGCUCGGGCCGGCCCUACGCCGCCACGCUGCCGCGCAAGGCCGCCGGCGGCCGCAGCCCGGCGCCGGCGCCGCCGCGCCGCGACCCGCGCACCACGCUCAGCGUGGGCCGCGCCAGGGCCAAGUCCAUGGUGGCCGGCCUGGAAAAUGGAGGUGAAAAAGAAGAGAGCUGUGAGCCUCUGAGCGUAGCCGGCAAGUCCUCAUCCGCUGAAUCCGUACAGUUACACGGAGGUAGCAAUAGCAACACGCCGGUGUCGGGCACGCCGCUGGCGCCGCGCACGGCCUCCAUCCGCGCGCGCCCCGCCUCCGGCCGCAUCACCGCCGCCGAGCUCGAGGAGCUGUUCCAGCGGCAGGCCGACGCCGACCACUCCGGCGGCGCGAUGAUGACGCGCUCCGCGUUCCUGGAGGGCGGCGCGUCCCCGCCCGCGUCGCCGCGCGCGCGCGUCUACGCCUCCGUCGCCGACAUGAAGCGCAACAAGACCAAGCUGUUCAGCAAAGGCGGCGGCGCGCUGCGGCGCGAGUUCCACUCCACGCCGGACCUGGCGGCGGCGCUGGCGGCGCGGCCGCCGCGCACGCGCUCCAGCGAGGACGUGCACGCAGGCGGAGGCGCGCGCGGGCCGCCGCCGGCCGAGGCGCCGCCGCCGCCGCCGGGCGCGCCCGCGUCCUCGUUCCGGCCCGCCGCCGCCGCCAAGCUGUACGCGUCGCCGCGCGACCUCGCCGCCGUCGCCUACCGCCCGCACCCGCCCCCCGACCACGCCGCGGGCGGCGCGCCGCGGCCGUGGUCGGGGCCGGCGCGCGCGGCGUCGGCGGACGACGCGGCACACCAGUACGCGCAGCCCAUCAACAUGCACAAGCCAUUCGUGCGGCAGAAAGCCCAUGAGAUGUAUGGUAUGGUGUGGCCGCAGAGCUCGACGCCGGCGCCGCCCAUCCCCGAGCCCGACUACAGCAUGUCGGAGUCGGACGAGGACGCGCCCAAGCGCCGGCCCGGCGCGCCCGCCGCCGACGCCGGCGCCAGCGGCAGCGCCAGCGGCAGCAGCUCGGGGUCGGGGUCGGGGUCGAUGCAGCACUCGUUCUCCGUGGACGAGAUACAGAAGAUCCGCACGCGGCUGAAGUCGUCCAAGUCGUGCGGCGACGAGCUGUCGGGCGAGCGCGACGACGGCGACAACUCGUCCUCGGGCGUGUCCUCCGACCAGGAGGCGCAGGCGCGGCCGCGGCGCGACAAGGUGUCCUUCUGCGCCUCCGUCACCGUCAAGUCCGGCAACGACGUCAUCAGCACCGAGCCCGUGCACAGCUCCUCCGAGAGCCUGGCGCCGCCGCCCAUGGCGCGCCACAACUCGCUGACGCGCAAGCGCGCGGCCGCGGCGCUGGCGCGCGUGGGCGCGGGCGCGGGCGCGGGGCGCAGCGCGGCCGAGCGCCUGGGCGUGGACGUGGCCAAGGCGCCGGGGCGGCGCGCGGCCGUGUCGCUGGCGGAGCUGCCGCCGCCGCCCGAGGAGCCGGCGGCGGAGCCCGCGCCCGCGCCGGUGCUGGCGCCGCCGCCGCAGUUCAGCGACCGCGUGCGCGUGGUGGCCGCGCUGCCCAAGCGCGCGCACCUCCAC